AUGGCGACCAGAACCCAGAAGUUCAAAGCGUUUGUGUCUGAGCCGAUGGGCGAUAAGGACGUUACAGCAGUGGAUGGCAUUAAUGACGAGCUUGGACUAAAAUUAGCUGCAAAGGGGUUUGACAAGGCAUACAUCCUUCUGGGCCAAUUCCUCCUGUUAAAAAAGGACCAUGCGGUUUUCCAAAGGUGGCUGAAAGGGGCAUAUGGAGCCAGUCCGAGCCAGGCUCAGCGCUGCGCCUCCUGUCUAACGGACUGGUGCUACGCUUUCCUCUAG